AUGUUACGAAGAAUAUCUUUUUUGCAAAGAGUGUUUGGUUUGAAUAGACUGGUAACGACAGGAAGUGAUGGUCCGUCUCAUUUUUCUCCUAGAAUUUUUGGCAGUGAAAACAACGAAAAAGUGAAUUCCGGAGAGCAAAAGUAUACUGGGCCUAUUCCGGGGGCCACCGGAAAAGAUAAUCAUCCAGGAAUAUACGGCUCAAAACCCAUGCCAAGUUAUUUUGAGGAAUGUUACCCAAGAACUGAAAAAACACUUCCCAGUAAGCGAGUAUUGGAGCCUAAUGAACCUCGUGAUCGUUCUGAUAAUGUCAAUGCACCUGAAUACGAUACUUCCCUUGGUAAGUUUGAACAGGCUCCUUACUUUACUGGAGGACCUCCUGCCAUGCGAUAUCAUAACUAUGUUCGAGAACCCGCCAAUAAAGAAGCUGUGGAUUAUCGUGAUGUAAUUCCACUUCCACCAUUUGAAGAUCAUCACCCUGAUUUUUCUUAUGCGUCUGCAACUGGAAAACGGGAGGGAAAUAUCACUUUAUUAGCCAAUACUGUUGCGAAUUGGGAAAUAAAGGCGGCUAUGAUGUCCCUUUACCGAUCGUGCCUAAAGGGUCUUCCGAUGGUGAAACACUACUAUUGGCUUCUUACGCCGCUACCAGAGAUGAAGUAUAAGGUGCGGGGUCGGUUUCUACAAAAUCAGCAUACAAAAGAUCCUGACGCAAUUCGACACUUACUUCAUAAUGGUUGGAUGGAAUAUCAAGAAGUUAUUCUUUUUCGACGUAGUCGUGCAAGUGUUGCAAAAUUUUUUGAGUGGGAAAGUCAGGAUGAACUUGUGCGUGGUUAUACCAGUGAAGAAGGCAAAAUGCAAGAAGAACGAGCUUUUUGGAAUGGUGAAGAGCAAAGGCGGGAGGGUCCUUAUGAUGGUCAUUGGUCAUGGUUGGGAAAGGAGUGUGAAAAAGAGUUUAAACUUAUUGCGGGUCGAAUUCCCGUAUCAUGGACUACGUCUAAAGGGUAUUUUGAAAAAGGGGAGGCAGAUGGGACAAAUUACUGGGAAAAAAAUCUGGAUUAUGAAGGAUGGUAUAUUAAAAAUGUAGAUCCCGAUCGAAAAAACGCCCGACAUGAGAUGCAAGGCUGGGUUGAAAGUGGCUAUAAUCAACCAAAACAUUAUGCAAGCAAAAACCGACGUGGUUAUCGGAGACUCGUAAAGGAUGUUGAAACUAUGAUGGAAACGUCGAUGGAAGAUCUUUAUACGAAGAAUAGGGAACAACUUUUUCAGUAUCUGAUUCGAGAAACUCAUCCUGAAUCAAAUCGCAUCAAUGCAGAACGUACUCUAGCAAGGCAGGACGACGAUUUUUACUCGACCAAAUUUGAAGAGUACGAAAGGUAUUUAAAGCAGGCUAUGCGCGAGAUGCCUAACCCACGCCUAUGGAAGACAGAUGCGUUUUAUUUUCGUUUACGUUACUUGAUUGCUCCACUUGAAUAUAACUGGGCUAAAGUUCCAAUUGGUACAUUACAGGAGAAACUAUUCAAUGAAUGGAUAUCAGAUAACCUCAAUUAUGCAGUUAUGAACAGUUCUGUAUUCUGUUCAAUUAAAAAUGACAAAAGUCGAAACCCAAUGGCAAAUACCUGGGGAGAUUUUUACACAAACUAUGAUCCAGAUAUCCCUGAAACACGCAAACUCCCAUGGUAUCAUCCUGAAUUUGACUAUGAUCGUCGAUACAAAUGGGAUGAAAGGUGCAUGAGAAUGAAACGUUGGGUCCAAGGAGGAGAUAUCGAUAGCAAAUUGCCUUUUUUUGAUAGCAUUGUUGCCGAGUGGGAGCAAUAUGUCAAUCGUCCAGAGCGUUUUCGCGCACCAGAUAGUGCAGAGCGUCGCUAUGGUGCACCGAGGAUGGUUCAGCUAUAUAGAUCACUUAAUCGUCUUAUGGAUGUUGCUUUGGCAAACCAACUUCGUAAAGUUCUUGAAAAGGAUUCCGGGAAAUCUGCGGAGGAGCUGUCCAAGCAACCUGUAGUGGAAACUCAGGCUUUGUUGGCAACGUUGAAUUUCAGUAAGUUUUGUUUUGAUGUGCCGAUAAUUAUUUAUCCCGAUGGAGCUGUUCAGCCAAAACUGGGACUGGAUGGUGGUCCAGUUGCUUUGAGAGCUUGA